AUGCCUGAACACACUCACGGCAAGGCUACGUCCAAUGGCAUCCCGCUGCCCGACUUCGAGCUUCCGUACCCUGACAAGCCUGAGGUCAUCACUGAGAACCUCAUGAAGCUCGCAGCGCUCACCAAGGACGACCGCGCUCGCUUCCUCAAGGUCAACCUCAUCAGGCACCUCCACCAGUUCAUCACCGAGACGAGCUUGACCACGAAAGAAUGGAUGUCCGCCAUCCAGUUCCUCACCGCUACUGGCAAACAGUGCACGGACAUCCGGCAGGAGUUCAUCCUUCUUUCGGACGUCCUCGGCGUCUCUGCUCUCGUCGACGCGGUCAACAACCCGCCCAUGGAGGGCGUUACUGAGUCCUGUGUUCUCGGACCGUUCUUUACGGAAGACGCACCGGACGUUGAGAUCGGGGAGUCUAUCGCCUCAGAGGGCAAGGGCGAAUAUAUGUACGUUGAGGGUCGUAUCCUUAGCAGCGACGGCAAGCCGAUCCCCGACGCGGUCAUUGAGACGUGGGAGACGGACGAGAGCGGCUACUACGACACCCAGUACGACAACCGCGACAAGCCCGACUGCAGAGGACGUCUCAAGUCCGACAAGGAUGGCCACUUCGCCUUCCGCGCAGUCGUCCCUGUGGCCUACCCGAUCCCUGCAGACGGACCUGUCGGAGACCUGCUUCUCCUCUUCAACCGACACAACGUGCGGCCGAACCACCUGCACCUCAUGAUCCAAGCUCCUGGAUACAGGACACUUAUCACGUCUUUCUACCCCGAAAACGACAAAUACCUGGCAUCCGAUCCGGUGUUUGGCGUCAAGCACUCCCUCGUGGUGAGCUUGGAGGAGGUCAAGAAUGAAGCGGAGGCGCGUAAGCGCGGCUUCCCAAAGGGCGACACCUUCAAGCUUCUCAAGAGGGACAUCGUGCUGGUUCCCGAGGACCAGGCGCAGAAGCGGUACGAGGAGAACGCGGCGAUAUUCUCGAAGAAUGCGCUGAAGGCGUAA